ACAGCUACCAGUCUGUUGUCAAUGCUUAGCUGUGAUCUGUGGAGCUACAGAGAGUGCUCUCCUGACAUUCUGAUAGACAGGGAAAAGCUCAUCAAACGAGCAGCUCACUUAUCAAAACUUUUAGAGUACGAAUUUAUCCUGACACCCCCAUGUGGAAGUUUGGAAGCCAAAAUCCACCAAACCGUUGACAACUUGGUAGUUACAGGCCUACUGGUAGAUGCAGGGAAAACUGGUUCAAGAUGGAUUGAGGACUCCGAUGAGGAUGAUGUGUCCUAUUCUCAGUGUUAUAAGGUGUCACCUUCCACUGCCAUUUUGGAAGUUAUUGGGGCUUGGAAGUCAAUGAUCGCUCCAAUGUUGGAUGCAUAUUACUGCACUGCUUGUAACUUGCAAAUGCUGGUUGGCAGACAGGUACCUGAUGUAAAGUUCAUCCAGAAUACACAAAGCUACAUAAAUGACUUACUGCAGAAGGGCUCACUGAGAUAUGGGGAGAGUAUAUGUGUGGAUCCCAUCCGUAAUGCUGUCAAGCUUUUUGAGUCCCAGUCGAUCAUUGAAAGUUACACCCAUGACAGCGUUCGGUUGUUGUACCUCAGCAGCCACUACGACUCAGAAGAACAGCUUAGUUCCCUGUUGCUUGAUAUCGAUAGUUUUAGAUCUUGAAUCUGCUGUGAGAGAAAAAGAAAAUUGUUUGUGUAAAUUGUUCCACCUUUUACCAGUAAAAAUAACAGCAGUGCAUUUUGAUUGUCACAUUUACAGGGAAUUUUGUUUCUUGAUUAGAAUAGUUUGGUGAGGAUUGCAUUUUUUCAAUGUUGAUAUUGAUAAUGAUGAUAAACAUAAUGUAAAAUAUUUUCAUAAUCUUUGAUAUAGUUUUCUUGUUUUUAUUAUUAUUAUAAUCAUUAUCAUUAUUACUGUUAUUACUACUACUAUUAUUAUCAUUAUUAUUAUUAUUAUUAUUAUUAUUAUUAUUAUUAUUAUUAUUAUUUAUUAUUAUUAUUAAUAUUUAUUAUUAUUAUUAUUAUUGUUAUUAUUAUUAUUAUUAUUAACAUUAUUAAUAUUAUUAUUGCUAUCAGUUGUUAUUAUUGAUGAAUUCUUCUUUUUAGAAGGCAUAUGUGAUACUGAUCUGUUAUGUUCAGUGAGACAUGUUCUUUUUCUUAUUUCAAUUUGAUUGUGAUCAGAAUGCCAUGAUUAUAAUUUUCUAAUGCAUUUUAUAUUUUGGUGAAUGAAGUUUAAUCAGGUUUUUGUUGCCGAGGUAUAGACUUGGUACAGUAGCAUUUUUGGCAAAUUGAAGGAAGUCUCUCUUCUGCCUCUCCCUUUCUCUUUGUACAUCUGUUCUUGUCUCUUCUUAAUAUAUACAUAUACAUGUAUAUAUGUAAAUUGGUCUGUAAACACACACAAAUACACACACACACAUAAAUAUAUACACACAAACAAAUGAAUGCAGACUAGAUAUUUCCUUUUUCUUAAAUUAUUUCUGUUUCCCAUAUAUACCAUCAAAGUGUAUUUUUAAAUCUAAAAAUUGGCUUGAUAAAGCAAAACAAACAUGCCUGUUGUGUUAUAGAAUAUUUAACAUAUAGUGAUAACAAUUUUAGUAAGUGAUGAUAUUAUUGAUGAGUGACAUAAACAAAAUCCAAAAUCUGUUUCAAAAUCAGAUAAGCAUGAGAGUGUGUAUGUAUGUGUACAGACAUCUUUUUAUAUGCAAAGAUUUAUAUUAUUUCUGUUUUUGUUUUGAUGGAUGGGUGGUAAAAACUGAAUGUCAGGUAAUAUUCCUGUGUGAGAUGUACAUAUUUAAUUUCAUUGGCAGUUAGGAUACAGAGCAGUUCCUUCCGUUUUGUAUUUUUUGUAGUAUUUUUUUUUUUUUUUCUUUUAUAUGAAGGUUUUGUUUAUGUUGGUCAUGUGCCAGACAAAGAUGUUGCAACAAGGUACAUAAUUAAGAGAAAAAAUAAACUAACAUAUUUAGUAUUUAAAAACCAUGCAAAGGAUUCUUACGAUAUCUAGCAAGAAAGAAUUGAAGAGAUGCAAUAUUUGAUAAUGAAGGUCCUCUUAAUUCUAAUUAAAACCACUUUCAUUUAUUAAUUAGACAAUUUUGCAGUUUGUACAUUUGUAAAAAGCUAUGCAUAAAUGCAUACUCUUCUCACACCGAAAACUGAAAAAUAUAAAAAAGAAAAAAAAGGAAAGGAAAGUAAUUAACACCCCUGUACCUUGGACUCAUAAGGUAGUAAGCAUUUUAGGAGAAAAUUGUAACUAGAAAGAUUAAUUUGAAAAUGGUUUGUAAGCAUUCCACAUGGCACUGAUCCUUGUAAGUGUAGAGGAAAAGUGGAUAAUUGAUGUUAACCUCAGGUUCUGCUGUUGGCUACCGCAUCAUGUUGUAUUUAUUUAUUAUUUCGUUUUUCUUUUUUUCUUUUUUUCUAUCUUCAUCUGUGCAAAUAUGGCCUAAAGAUUUGAUUUACUCACAGUUCGUGUAUUGUAUAUCAAGAGUGACCUUAUAAACAGAAAAGUUUGGUAUUAAACAGUAAGGGUUAAUCACAGCAUUUUGGCAACAAACGAGUUAGUCCUAAUGUAAAUACUUGGGGGGGGAAAAAAAAAAACAGUAUUAGUAUAUUACACUUACAUAACAUUCUUUGUCUUACAAAGGAAGAUGUUUUAAAAAAUUAGCAGGACUUUCUCAUUAAUGUUGUGAAUCACUUGUAGCUCACAUAUAUUUCAUAUAUGCACAUUUACUGUUGUAAAUAGAGUACUAGAUUUCUAUUUCCAAUAUACAAGUUAACUAAUUUGGAUCAUAGCAAGUAAUAAGAAUAGACAAGUGUAUUUUCUACAAUAUUGGAAAUCUUUUAACCACUUUAGGAAUCCCCUGCUGAAAUUUUACACACUAAAAGGUAGACAAAUUUACUUUUGGUGCCAGUUAUAAAAUAUGGUGGUUGGUUCAUAAUAGGAUAGAGGGCUGUUUAUGUUGAACAGUUUAUAAUAAAAUCAAGUUCAAGUUCACUUUUUUUCUGUUGAAAGUAUUUCCACCUUAAUAUGAAAAAUUUUGCUUAUAGAGGGGCUGAAUACAGUGUUUAAUGUGUUAUAUAUAUUCAUGAAUAAUGCAGUCUCUAAUUCUAGUCAAUGAACUAUAAGCAGAAAGGACAACAGGAUGUAUUUUGAGGGAUCACUCGGGCUGCGUAGCUGAAGGACCCUCCCCUCCCCUCCCCUCCCCUACCAUGUCCUGUGUGCUGUAACAUUGCUCUAGUGAUAUAUACUCCAGCAACCCCACCUUCAGUUGGGAGUUCCUCUAUUGACAUUUUAAGUCUGGCUAUUUAUUUUUAUUCUGUAAUAACUUGUAUGGUGAUAAGUUUAUUGUAAAGGGAUAUAUACUAUCAGAAUAGUUACAAACAUUGGGGAAUUUGAAUAACUGUAUAUUCAGUUAUAAAGACUCACUGUUGUUUUGAUAUGUACAAUAAAUAGGCAAUGUAGUUGCAGACAUUUAGGGACAGUUGCUGAGUUUCCUAUUUAUUUAGUGAAAGUCAUGUAGCUGUGUUUUAUGUACGAAACUUCACUUCAGAUCCAAACCUGGAAGUGCAAUCAUGAUGGAAAUAUGCAUGUACAUAGCAUUUCAUAUUUAUUCACUGUUGCUCUUUAGACUCAGUGUGAAAUUUAUUUGUAUUAUGAUUGGUUAUUUUACUUACUCAUGCCAUUGCUAGUUUAAAUUGUAUCAUGUUGCAAGCAUUUGUAAUAAACUGUAAAACAUUCAAA